AUGGAGAACAUGGAGGAUACCGAUGUGGUUGACAUCUUCACCUAUUGGUCACUCAUCUCAGACACAUUCCUUCUUGGUCUCUCCCUGCCACCCUCGUCACUGCUCACCUUGUUCAUCCUCCUUCCUGCACACCGCCACAUUCCUGGGAUCCUAGUGUGCCCGUCAUCCAUGGUUCUCCGUUGCGCCUAUCCAGAGGUCCAACACGGGGAUGAACGGGAAAAGGAAAGGCAGAGGUGGUGGGUCGCAGGACUCGAAUGCGUUGCCCUCAUCUUGGCUUGCGAUCAUCCCGCCAGGCCCACCGGUGAGCGGGAGACGGCAGUAGGGCGGCGAUUUGAUUGCGGAUUCGCCGUGCAGGGCGUACAUCCGUCGCUGGAGGCUGCGUGGUCACGGACCAUCUGUGCGCGCGGGUUUGGAGAACCCGAGCAAAGUCAAAAUGGGGAGGCUACAAGAGAUCAAAGGGCUGCACGGAAACGGCCCAAGCUCUUGUCGAUCAUCGCGGCCAAUGAUCGCCACCGUGAGGUCGACACACCCUCGCGAGCAGCAUCUGCACAACAUUGCAGAACAGACAUGCGCACUGACAGCCAUGAGGAGGCGUUGAUGUUGGCUUUUCUUGCUUUUUUAAUUUUCUUUUCGAUUCUGAUUUUGAUUUCCAUCUUCAUCUUCGCCUCUCUUACUUUCUUUUCGGUGGUUGUUACUUUCCUCUUCCGUGUAUCUGGGGCUAUACCUAGAUUCCGCAAGAUUUCCAUACCAUCCUCAGAGCUCUCUCUUCCAGGCGGGAUGAUGGAUAUGCUCCGACUGGAGAAAACUUACCAAGUCCAUAGUCUGUACCCCCAGGCCGUACUGUAA